UUCAAGCGACAUUCCGGGCUCCUGAAAGGCAACUUAAAAGUGAGCGACUAGCAGGGCUGCUCCACAUUGGAAGGAGCGGGAGAGGGAGGGAAGCGAGAAGGAGUGAGAAGGAGAGUCAGGCACAGUGCUGAAGAGAAGCAGGAGGAGGAGGAGGAGGAGGAGAGCACAAAGAGAAGGAAAGUGGAGCACGGGAGGGGAACCGGAGGCUGGGUGACGGCGGGAGAGGGAAAGACAAAAGAAGGAGAGAGGGUGCAGACGAGGCGGUCUCAAGCGGAGGGGACUGGAGCAAAUGGCAACGGAGGAGACGGCGGGGGGAGCCAGGAAAGCCACCAAGAGCAAACUGUUUGAGUUCCUGGUCCAUGGAGUGCGUCCUGGCAUGCCGUCUGGGGCUAGGAUGCCCCACCAGGGAGCUCCCAUGGGCCCCCCCGGUCCGCCGUACGGAGGGAACCCGGCGGUGCGGCCCGGUCUGCCCACCCCGGUAAUGGAAGCCAGUCGCAAGAGGCCCGCCCCCUCCCAGCAGGUACAGCAGCAGCAGCAACAACAGCAGCAGCAGCAACAGCAGCAACAGGCCGUCCAGAACCGGGCCAGAAAGAAGCCGCUUGGAUUCCCUGGAGCCAGUGAGAUGCCGACAAGGCCUAUGGACUUACGAGAUCCCCAAUCAGAUCCCACGCUCGGAUCAAAUGCUAAGAGGAGGAAAAUGGCAGACAAGAUUCUUCCGCAAAGGAUCCGCGAGCUGGUUCCCGAGUCCCAGGCCUAUAUGGACCUGCUGGCCUUUGAGCGCAAACUGGACCAGACCAUCAUGCGUAAACGUGUGGACAUCCAGGAGGCGCUGAAGAGACCCAUGAAGCAGAAGCGCAAACUGAGGCUGUACAUUUCCAACACCUUCAACCCAGCGCGGCCAGACGCAGACGACUCUGAUGGCAGCAUCGCCUCGUGGGAGCUGAGAGUGGAGGGCAAGUUGCUGGAUGACCCAGGAAAACAGAAGAAGAAGUUCUCCUCGUUUUUUAAGAGCCUGGUGAUCGAGUUGGACAAAGACCUGUACGGUCCUGACAACCACCUGGUGGAGUGGCACCGCACAGCCACCACCCAGGAAACAGACGGCUUCCAGGUGAAGAGGCCAGGAGAUGUGAGCGUGCGUUGUACAUUGCUGCUGAUGCUGGACUACCAGCCCCCUCAGUUCAAACUGGACCCUCGACUGGCACGCCUGCUGGGCAUCCACACUCAGACGCGCUCAUGCAUCAUCCAGGCACUGUGGCAGUAUGUGAAGACCAACAAGCUGCAAGACUCCCACGACAAAGAGUACAUCAACUGUGACAAGUACUUCCAGCAGAUCUUUGAUUGUCCUCGACUGAAGUUCUCAGAGAUCCCCCAGCGCCUCACCAACCUACUGCUGCCCCCUGACCCUAUCGUCAUCAACCAUGUCAUCAGUGUGGACCCUAACGACCAGAAGAAGACGGCCUGCUACGACAUCGACGUGGAAGUGGAAGACCCCCUGAAAAGCCAGAUGAGCAGCUUCCUCCUGUCCACCGCCAACCAACAGGAAAUCGCCACACUGGACAACAAGGUGCGCUUUAUGAACAAAUGUAUUUAUAUACAUUUAUUUUGUGUUUAUUUUUGUUUGAUCCAUUUCCUUUUUUUCCAGAUCCAUGAGACCAUUGAGUCCAUCAACCAGUUGAAGAUCCAGAGGGACUUCAUGCUCAGCUUCUCCCGAGACCCCAAAGGUUACAUCCAGGACUGGCUCAAGUCCCAGAGCAGAGACCUCAAGCUAAUGACGGACGUGGUGGGGAACCCCGAGGAGGAGCGCAGGGCGGCCUUCUACCAUGAGCCCUGGUCCCAGGAGGCGGUCAGCCGCUACUUCUACUGUAAGAUCCAGCAGAGGAGACAGGAGCUAGAGCAGGCCUUGGCGGUCCGCAAUACCUAAACACUGUGUGUGUGCGUGUUUGGGUAUAUUUGUGUGUGGCCCAGCUCUCCGCCGAGGCCAAACAAUUCAAAAUUGGAAGGUCACCACAUUAGGUACAUUGUCACACUGAAACAUACUUGCCAACCCUCCCGGAUUUUCCGGGAAACUCCCGAAAUUCAGCGCCUCUACCGAAAACCUCCCGGAAGAAAUUUUCUCCCGAAAUUCAGCCGGAGCUGGUGGUCACGCCCCCUCCAGCUUCAUGCGGACCUGAGUGGGUACAGCCUGUUUUCACGUCCGCUUUCCCACUAUAUAAACAGCUUGCCUGCCCAAUUAUGUUACAACAUUUACAGAUUUUAAUAAAAAACUGCACACACAAGGAGACGAAGCAGAAGAACGAGGAAGUUACAGCCAUGGCAACGCUGUCUGUAAUAGAGUGAUCUAUGUUGUCUGUUGCCAUCUCCUGGUGAAUCUUGGCUAUAGCGUUAUGGGGUUGCUUUUUGAUUGGCCAACGAUUUACGUGGGGUUGUGCACCUGACAGAAGGUGAGGGAGUCUGUUCUGAAGCCCACAGUAAAGAGAAUUAACUUCAUCACCUCACCUGGUGUUUGAGUACAGUUAGUAGAACUGUGUUUUUAUUACUGUGUAUUUGAUAGGUGCCGUCUGAAAUUCGAUUAUUUAUUUUAUUUAUAUAUUAUAAAAUAAAUAUAUAUAGCUAGAAUUCACUGAAAAUCAAGUAUUUCAUACAUAUAUAUAUGUAUAUGAAAUAUAUAUGAAAUACUUGAGUUGGUGAAUUGUAAAUGUGAAUAUACUCCCCUCUUAACCACGCCCCCGCCCCAACCUCGCCUCCGCCCCACCCCCGACCACGCCCCCCACCUCCCGAAAUUGGAGGUCUCAAGGUUGGCAAGUAUGCACUGAAAGCUCUUUCUAAUAUUUUGCCACCCUUCGUUAUGUAGCUAAAUAAGGUAGUAAAUGUUAGAAACAGCUCUCCAUAUGAUGCAAAAAAUUACUGAAACACCCUUAUUAACAUUUUUACAUGAAUUUUGUCUGUGUAAAAGACAACUUUCUCGAUUGUAUGUCAAGGUCGUUGCAGUUCCACUUUGGCCCUGUAGGCGUCGGUAGUGCUCGCUUUCAAAAUGUUACCGAAUGUCAAAACACAAGUCAAGAAGAAAACAUUUGUGGCCUCGGUGACCCGAACUAGGAACGCUAAAAAGGAUUGCUUACUACAAAAAGUAAGCUUGUCUUUAAUUUAUUAUGUUUAUGGGACUUGGUAUGUGCCCAAAAUGAAGGGAUAAUGGGACACAGGCACAUUUACACGUGAAAACAUCGUUUGCUAACAUGAUUUUGGCCGGCCUGGUCAGCCAUUUUGCGCAGGCGCAGUGAGGAGAGGGUAUUAAAAAGGAAGUAUAAAAAACAAAAGGGUGCUUCCGAGCAGAACUUGACUGCAGGUGAUUACGUCAUGCCUACCUGCACUGCUUUGUGUAUUCAGGCUCAGAGGGUACGUGCGUUUUGUCGUGUUUAAAAGUAACCACACCAGCAAUGGCUCCUGCAGCUAUCCACUGUUCCUAAUUUAAAUGCAUCAAUCUAAUUGUAUUUAUAUAGCCCCUAAAUCACAAGUGUCUCAAAGGGCUGCAAAAGCCGCAGCGACAUCCUCGGCUCAGAUCCCACAUCAUGUUCCUAAAUCAGAAGACUUCCAAAGUUCCCACAUCAGUGUUAUGCAAAUCAAUUGAAGUGUUGAGUGACGAAAAGAAUGCUCUUCAAGCAAUCAUAGCAUUAACAAAAAGGAUUGGCUGGUGUUAUGUCAUAAUGAUUACCAAAGGUUCAUCACUGAAGCAGAAAUAGACAUCCCCCUCGGGACACCAAAUUGUGUCUCACUCUUUUUGGGAGCUCUUUGUGCUGACAAACUUUUGCUUUCUUUUACACUAAGUGUUACAUUUUUAACGUGCGAGCUAUGUGAAUGUAAAUAUGUUUAUGUACUUCAGUCUUGUUUAAGGCUUCUUUUGGAGCCAGAUGCUGCAACAGAGUGAGACCUCCCUUCUCUUCCUGUGAAAUCUUAGUAGCUCUAACAUCUAAUCUGCACCGUUUUCCACCUUCCUUGUAAUGGCUAGUAUGUACAGUAAAUGUCAUGUCCCACAGAGGACGUCGUAUCCUCAGUAGGAACACGCUGGUGGUUCCUUUGCACUGUGCUGUAAAUUCUCUGCCGUUUUUCAUCGCAGGCGAGCGACACCCUCACACUCACUUCACGAUGGCCUAUGCAUGCUCUGUGGACUUCUGAACGCUAUAAUGUAAAUAUAUUAGUACGGGUGGCACAGCCUUCUGGAACUUUUUGUUGCCAAAAAAUAACUUGCCACCAGCAAAUUAGUGUUUUUUAUUAAUGCAUUAGCAAUAGUUUUUUGUUUUGUUUUCUAUUUUGUAGUUGUCAUACAGCUGUGACUCAUUAGCUCCUUAUGGUGUUCACUCACAUAGCAUGUUUUUAAAGGGAGAGUGCUGCUCUGUAGUUUGUUUAAUGCUGAAAAAAGAUACAAAAGUGCCAGGAGCAACAACAAAAAAAUGUGGGGUAACUGUGUGAGACAGACUGGAUGUAAAUAAAUAAACAAGCGCUUGCCAAAGUUUGUAAAUGCCACAA